AUGGAGGUUUUAGUGAUCAUUCCUGACUGGACGGUGCCAUAUAUUGCAUAUCUGCUCAGGCAGGAGCUUCCAGAGGAUGAGGAUGAGGAUGAGGAUGAGGCUCGCCAGAUCGUCCGCGGAUCCAAAGCUUUCACGGUGAUAAAUGGACAACUUUACAGAGAAAGUGUUACUGGAGUAGCUGAGCAUUGCAUCUCUCCAGAGGAAGGUCGACUGAUCUUAAAUGAGAUUCACUCGGGGACCUGUGGUCACCACGCGUCCUCUCGGACCAUCGUGACCAAAGCAUACAGAGCGGGAUUUUACUGGCCGCAUGCGAAUGAGAUGGCUAAAGAUAUAGUUGACAAGUGCGAAGGCUGCCAGUUUUACUCGAACAUGUCUCACAAAGAGCUGAUAUUCAGAGUUCCUCACAGCAUUAUCACAGAUAACGGCUCCAACUUUGAUUCUGAUGAGUUCAGAGCAUUUUCCGCGUCCCAAGGCACUCGGGUCAAUUACACAUCCGUUGCACACCCGCAGUCGAAUGGGCAGGCAGAAAGAGCAAAUGGCUUGAUCCUUCAAGGGCUGAAACCCCAACUGAUGCACGGCCUCAAGCAUGCUGCUAGAGCAUGGGUGACUGAAUUGCCAUCUGUGUUAUGGGGACUGAGAACAACUCCUAAUUGGUCGACUGAUCGAACCCCUUUCUUCAUGGUGUAUGGUGCUGAAACCGUACUUCCGAGUGAUUUGCUGCACAAUGCCCCCCCCCCGAGUGGAGCUCUUCUCAAAAGCUGA